UCAAGUCGAGAGCGACCGGGGUUUUGUGGAACCCGCGCAGGGGAUCGAGAGAACGGAGGGUGGAUCGAGCAGUCGAUCUUUGCGGGCGGGGUCGGAUCCAUCGCCGACUGAGUCGAUCGACGCACCGCCGCGGGAAGUCAAAGAUAUAAGAUAACAAAAUGGAGACAAUAUUUUUAAUCAGCUUUUGCCUCGGCCUAGCGACCGGCCAAUUUCGUGGACCACAUCAUCCAAGGAGUAGCGUAUCUCAUCAUCAUUACACACCGAAUAGCAAUACAAUUAAAUUGACGCAGGACGACGAGCUCCUUCACGAUGCAACACAUCUAAAGGAAGAUAUAGGUUCCAUGGCCGAUCAACUCGAUUUUUCGGAAAUGACUGAACAAGAAAUAGAGUUCCACUAUUUUCAAAUUCACGAUUUCGACAAUAAUACAAAGUUAGACGGAUUAGAAAUUUUUCAUGCUCUUCAACAUACUAUGCAUGAAAAUGAUGAAGAGGAGAUACAAAAACUAGAUGAAGAUUGGAUUGUAGUGCUAAUAGAUAAAGUGUUAGAGGAGGACGAUUUAAACAACGAUGGAUAUCUAGAAUAUGUCGAGUAUGUGUUGGGCAGACAAAGGGAUCAUAUCACACAAGAGAAACGCAACAAACUCAGAAUCGAAACAUAAAGAUUUUAGAUAUAAACGAUUUGCAUCAUAUAGGGUGAUUUUUAAUUAUAUGUCAAUAAAAUUUGUGUUGUAAAAUUGACUUUAAAAGUGAUAA